CAAUACCGGCCCUUUAACCACUGUUGGGAGUGUGGGGGGGGAGAGUCGCUCUUUGAGUGUUUUUUAAGUGUAUAUCCACUCGCUGACCGUCUGAAGGCUCCGAGGACUUUAUGUUGACUAAUGGAGGCCUUCGAUCAUAGACUCAACACCUUCUUUGGGUCAUGGUUGGGCCCCAGAGACCAGCGGGUGCGGGGUUGGCUGCUACUUGACAACUACUACCCGACCUUUACCCUCACCCUUGUGUACCUUGUGGUGGUGUGGACCGGCCCCAAGUACAUGAGACACAGGCAGCCGUACUCGUGCAGAGGACUCCUUGUGUUUUACAACGCGGGCCAGACGCUCUUGUCCCUCUGCAUGUUCUACCAGCUUGUUGCUGCUGUGUGGCAAGGAAGCUAUGACUUCUACUGCCAAGAUACACACAGCUCACAGGAAGCGGAUGACAAGAUCAUGAAUGUCCUGUGGUGGUACUACUUCUCCAAGUUCAUUGAGUUCAUGGACACCGUCUUCUUCAUUCUGCGGAAGAACAAUCACCAGAUCACCUUUCUUCACGUCUACCACCACGCAACCAUGUUCAACAUCUGGUGGUUUGUCAUGAACUGGCUUCCUUGCGGCCACACAUAUUUCGGGCCUUGCCUCAACAGUUUCGUCCACACAGUCAUGUACUCCUACUACGGCCUGUCAGCCAUCCCCUCGAUACGGCCGUACCUCUGGUGGAAGAAGUACAUCACACAGCUGCAGCUGGUCCAGUUCCUAUUAACAGUGUUGCAGACGAUGUGUGCCGUCAUAUGGCCGUGUGGUUUGCCCUUAGGAUGGCUCUACUUCGAAAUAUCUUACAUGCUCAGCCUCGUGUUCUUUUUCUCCAACUUCUACUAUCAGACGUACAAGAAACACAAAUGGGACAACGAGGCUGGGUCUUCGCUAUCAAAAAACCGACACACAAACAGGACGCCAUCCCAGGAACACAAUGCACACAACAAAGACAAACUGAGAAUGGACUGACCUUUUGAGAGACUCGGUUGUCACUAUAGCUGGUUGGCUAAUGCUGCUAGGAGACAUUUCAGUGGAGUAUAUUGUACCAUUAAGCAUUUAAUUAUUUCCAUACUUUAUUUAAACAAACUAGCAUUUUGACGGGUCUAAGGAGGCUUUCCAUGUAUACGUGAAAGCUCCUGUGACCGUGAGGGAAAUUGGAAGCACGCAGCGUUUGCUGUGGGAUCGUCCUUGGUGUGUGUAACACGAGCACGCUCCUUGAAUCCUGCCUGUCUGUGCUGUUGCAUAAGCCCGAAAUACUCUGUCCUCUAGGCACAGGAUGCUUAUCGCACGAUAACGAUAUUGAUAGUAAAUUGGGCUGUCAAAGUCAAUGCUUCAUUAAAGAUUAAUCCAUUAAUAUUAGUCAUCUCAUUUAAAUAAAAAUAAAUGACAUAUAUUUAAUAUUUUUUCAUAUGCGUACAUACAGUCGUGGUCAAAAGUUUACAUACACCUGUGAAGGACAUACUGUAAUGUCAUGGCUGUCUUGAGUUUCCAAUAAUUUCUGACAUCUGACAUCACAAGGACAAAUAUAAGACCUUCUGGAGGAAAGUUCUGUGGUCAGAUGAAACAAAAAUGUUGCUGUUUGGCCACAAUACCCAGCAAUAUGUUUGGCGGAGAAAAAGUGAGGUCUUUAAUCCCAGGAACACCACCCCUACCGUCAAGCAUGGUGGUGGUAGUAUUAUGCUCUGGGCCUGUUGUGCUGCCAAAGGAACUGGUGCUUUACAGAGAGUAAAUGGGACAAUGAAAAAGGAAGAUUUUCUCCAAAUUCUUCAGGACAACCUAAAAUCAUCAGCCCGGAGGUUGGGUCCUGGGCGCAGUUGGGUGUUCCAACAGGACAAUGACCCCAAACACACGUCAAAAGUGGUAAAGGAAUGUCUAAAUCAGGCUAGAAUUAAGGUUUUAGAAUGACCUUCCCAAAGUCCUGACUUAAAAGUCCAUGUCAGAAAACCAACACAUUUAGCUGAACUGCACCAAUUUUGUCAAGAGGAGUGGUCAAAAAUUCAACCAGAAGCUUGCCAGAAGCUUGUGGAUGGCUACCAAAAGCGCCUUAUUGCAGUGAAACUUGCCAAGGGACAUGUAACCAAAUAUUAACAUUGCUGUAUGUAUACUUUUGACCCAGCAGAUUUGGUCACAUUUUCAGUAGACCCAUAAUAAAUGCAUAAAAGAACCAAACUUCAUGAAUGUUUUUUGUGACCAACAAGUAUGUGCUCCAAUCACUAUCACAAAAAAAUAAGAGUUGUAGAAAUUAUUGGAAACUCAAGACAGCCAUGACAUUAUGUCCUUUACAAGUGUAUGCAAACAUUUGACCACGACUGUAUAUACCGUAAUUUCCGGACUAUAAGCCGCUACUUUUUCCCCUCGUUCUGGUCCCUGCGGCUUAUACAAGGGUGCGGCUUAUUUACGGCCUGUUCUUCUCCGACACCGACAAAGAGGAUUUCGGUGGUUUUAGCACGCAGGAGGAAGACGAUGACACAAUGAUUAAAGACUGACUUUUCAUAUACCGGUAGGCUGGUUAUUUUGA